UGUGUUGCCACUUUUUGCUUUUGUGCGUCUUUUAGACUGGCAUCCCUCGUAUCGAGUCACCAAAGAGGAACGAGGUUUACAUUUUGCACUUCCGUGAUGAGAGUAGCUUGCUUUGCGAAAAUGCGGCCAAUUUCAUCUGCCUUCCGAUGUCAAGAGGAACAAGCGGAGCCGUGAAGAAGCUGUCCGUUGAUGGGAGGUCAGAGCUGAUGACUGCUGAACGCCAUUUCCGGACGACAGUAGGUGCGUGCGUUUCCAGUUGGAAGAGGAGUGGCAUCCUGCUAACCCAGUUGGACAGGCUCCGUUGGCUUCUUUGCGCUCUGUGAUUGAACCGAGUAUUAGCUUACUUCCGCCUGCGUUUGACAUGAAUUCAGUGUCAUGCGUUGGGUGCUGGGUCUUCAUUUAUGAAAGGUUCACAUCAAUGGCUUGGCUCCUUUCACCUGAUCCUGCAUGUGUGGCUCCAUAGUGGGCAUCCUUUCAAGGUGAUGGAAUGGCCUUUGCAACCAUCACGUUACGCACGCACUAGAAACCCCCAGCAGAUGGCCUGGAGACAAAGAGGGUGUGAAGAUGAGAGAACCCCCCCCCCCGCAUCAACCUUCUGCCCCUCAUUUGGAGUCCCCCAACAAGCAGCGCAAAUGCAUCUUGCCCAGCAGACGAUAGCUGCCGGGAGGGACGCAAGUCUUGUUAGUGCUCGCAUGGCUACUUUUCGUAGGUGGUAACCUUGAUCUAAAGAGGAUUUGGAGCCAGCGUUGCCUUCUCCUAGCCUUUGCCUGAAGAGGCAGGCAGUAGGUGGUUUGGAGUUAGAGAGUUGACCUCCUCCUGCUGGCCUUUGCUCAAAGAGGCCCUUUUUCCUAAAAGCGACUUCACAGUCUUCAUUUGUGUCCGCUCGAGUGAUUUGCUUUCCCUGCUGCCCUUUGUGACCAGACAGUAGCUCCUAUGUGAGACAACUGUGGAGUUCAAAAAUGCAAACUAUGAUUGUGAUGCGGCCCACGGCAAAAAGGAGUUGGACGCCCCUGCCGGCGUAGGAGAAAAAAAAAAGGGUCAUUUGUAGUUUCAGAUUCCAAUAGAAAAGUGAGUGGAUAGCAGGAAGGUCAUGGCUGUGCUACCAACUGUCUUAGCUACUUCAUUGAGAGACAAUGGCAGACAAGAUGUUUGGUGUACUGUCAGCCACAUGCUCCUGCACCACUAUUGUCUCCACUCGGUGGGGACUUAAGGGGGAGGAUGUGAUAAGCGUGUGCGCGCGCGCGCGCGCGCGUGCGUCCGUGCGUGAGAGAGCGAGCGAGCACAGAAGCCUGGUGGUAAUUUGAUGUGUGUCCCUUGGGAUAUUUGAUGGAUUAAUGCUAAGUAGCUCCCUUCGCGGACUCACCACCUGAUCUUUGGGCACCACAUAUGUACAUUUAAAAGGAAAGGCUGGAUGUAGUAAUGCUGAGCUCAGAUCGUUGAGCAUCUAUUGCCCGUCAUCCACCCGCCUUCCGCCCCCCAGCAAGCUCUCUCGCUCGCUCUCGCUCUCUCGCUCUCUCUCGCUCUCUCGCUCUCUCUCUCGCUGCCCCUGUCUCCUCCGCACCACUUUCCAUCUUUAUCUCCAUCCUGUCUGGGCUGUCUCUCUUUCUGCUGUUUUUUUUUUUUUUUUAAACACAUUUCCUCUUCUUUUCCUACAAAGCUGAGCUUGUCAGGCAUUUGAAGUGUUUUUUUGCGCACUAUAUUUAGCGUUUGGGCAGCAACCUAAAACUUGGCAGACUUAACGUUUUUUCCCCUUUCAUUCCUUCUUUCUUUCUUUUUUUCUUUCUUUUUUUCUUUCGUUCUUUUUUUCUUUCUUUCUUUUUUUCUUUCUUUUUCUUUUUUUCUUUCGGAAUGCCGCGCUCCUUUUUGGUGAAGCAAGCCAAGGGUCCCGACUGGCCGCCUUCAAACUACCACCAGCAGCAGCAGCAGCAGCAGCAGCAGCAGGAGCAGCAGCAGCAGAGUGAGCAGCACUGGAAUGAUUCGUACUCGGUGAGACAUAGCAUCACAGAGUCUGCGACCAACUUGGCGUUCCAUUUGACUGAAAAGGGCUACAUCCAUGAUUACAUCACUCCUUCAGUGCUGCAAACCACCAAGCUGUCCAAAGCCGCGGCAUCGUACGCUCAAGGACGCGGCGGCGGCGGCAGCAGCGGGGACGAAUUCUCCGACCUCGAGUACGAUCCACGCAGCCCGGCCUCCGACACCUCGGCGGAGUCGGACGUGAGCGCCUUCCUGGGCUCUGACGGACGAUCCGGCCGGAGACCUAAGCGGGGACGUGGAUCAAACGGCGGCGAGGGCGAAAGGUCGGCGGGCCGCCCAUUGAAAUCCAAAAGCCGAGGCCGCCGGUGGGCGUGCGGCGAGUGCGGCAAAUGUUACGCCACCUCGUCCAAUCUGAGCAGGCACAAGCAGACGCAUCGGAGCCUGGACGGCCGGCAAGCCCGAAAGUGUCCCACCUGCCACAAAAUGUACGUGUCCAUGCCGGCCUUAUCCAUGCACGUGCUCACCCACGACUUGAAGCACGGCUGCUCGCUGUGCGGCAAAGCCUUCAGCCGGCCCUGGCUCCUGCGGGGACACAUGCGCUCCCACACGGGCGAGAAACCCUUCGCCUGCGCCCACUGCGGCAAAGCCUUUGCCGACCGCUCCAACCUGCGCGCCCACAUGCAGACGCAUUCGGCCUUCAAGCGCUACUCGUGUCGACGCUGCCGCAAAAGCUUUGCGCUCAAGUCUUACUUGAACAAGCACUACGAGUCGGCGUGCCGUCCAGCGGAGGAUGAGUGCGGCUCGGACCAUUGACUGCCUGGCCGACUGACUGACUGGCCGACUGACUGGCCGACUGACUGACUGUGAAACGCCCCCCCGCGGACAGCCCUCCCUCCCUCCCUAUCUCCCUCCGUCGCAUGCGGGCAUCCUUUUUAUAUCGACAUGCAAUAACAUUGGGCAAGCGCUCAAACUAGUCUGCAAUUCUACGCCAAGAAUUUGAUUGAAUUGGUACCUUUGUUUAUUUAUUGAUUAGACAAUAAUUCCACAUCAAACAUGGUUUCAUCAGUGAAAGAUGAUUUGGUUUUGUAUGCGGUCCAUUCAGGGCGAGGCAUUGAACGAGCGGCCACCGUUGUGAGGCUGUAGCUUACUCCUUCCUUCCGCAUUCCACAAACACGCCUCUUAAAUGAGCCCUACUGAGGAGAAGCAGUCUAGAAAAUGGAAAGAUUCAUUUAUUCAACUAUUUAUUUGUAUUUAUUAUGACUUAUUGGAUUGUCAAAGCCGUCAACUGUUUUGUUGCCAACAAAAGACCAAAAAUAUUCUGCUGUGGGUCUUUUAUUGGGUCUGAAGACAAUAAAGGUGAUCAAAUGGAA